UAGAACGGGAAAAAAAGUUUUCGAUUCCAUAUAAAAGCGAUUCGAAAAUAACGAUUGAUCACAACAUCAUCUCAAGUUCUCUUGAUCAUUUCAAAACAAUUAAACAAACAAAUCAACGAACAAUCAACAAAAUGUUUAAGGCUCUCCUUCUCGUCUGCAUGGUAGCUUACGCUACUUCCUCCCCAGCCUACUAUGGAUACUCUGGACCAGCUCCAAGACAUCCCGCUAAUGGUCCCAAAUACUCACCACCACCAAAGGAGGAUUACAUCGCCCACAAACCCUCAUACCAAGCCCCAUCAUACGCUCCACGACCAACCUAUGCUCCAGCUUAUGCUCCAUCAUACGCUCCAUCAUACGCUCCAGCCCCAUACUCAGCUCCCAGACACUCAUACGCUGAACCACAAUACACCAAACCCAAUCCAUACAACUUCGGUUACGAAAUUGAUGAUGGAUAUGGAACCCAAACUCACCAACAAGAAGAAGGUGAUGACUACGGAAACAAGAAAGGUUCAUACGGUUACACCGAUGCUUACGGUCUUUACCGAAAGGUAGACUAUGUCGCUGACGAUUAUGGUUUCCGAGCUGCCAUCAGCACCAACGAACCUGGAACCGCCAAUGUUUCCCCAGCUUCAGUCAACCUUUACUCAUCAGCUGCCCCAGCUCCAGCUCCAUACAAGCCAGAGGCUUCAUACAAACCUGAUGUCUCAUACGAGCCAAAAUCUUACGCCCCAGCUCCAUACAAAGCCCCAGUUUCAUACAAAGCUCCAGUCUCAUACAAGGCUCCAGCUAAAUACCCAGAACCCUCAUACGAGCCCUCAUACCCAGUUCACCAUGCUCCAGCUCACUACGAGCCAGCUCACCGACCAGCUUACGCUCCAAAAUCCGGCUACGGAAUCUACGGACCAAGCUACAACGGUGGAUACUCAAAGCAAUACUUCAACUUAGGUGCCGCCAAGAAGUACGAAUCACCCCGAAUGAUGAAGAAGGAGGAGAAAAUAUUUCGAUUAGAACGGGAAAAAAAGUUUUCGAUUCCAUAUAAAAGCGAUUCGAAAAUAACGAUUGAUCACAACAUCAUCUCAAGUUCUCUUGAUCAUUUCAAAACAAUUAAACAAACAAAUCAACGAACAAUCAACAAAAUGUUUAAGGCUCUCCUUCUCGUCUGCAUGGUAGCUUACGCUACUUCCUCCCCAGCCUACUAUGGAUACUCUGGACCAGCUCCAAGACAUCCCGCUAAUGGCCCCAAAUACUCACCACCACCAAAGGAGGAUUACAUCGCUCACAAACCCUCAUACCAUGCCCCAUCAUACGCUCCAUCAUACGCUCCAGCCCCAUACUCAGCACCAAAACACUCAUACGCUGAACCACAAUACACCAAACCCAAUCCAUACAACUUCGGUUACGAAAUCAAUGAUGGAUAUGGAAGCCAAACUCACCAACAAGAAGAAGGUGAUGACUACGGAAACAAAAAAGGUUCAUACGGUUACACCGACGCUUACGGUCUUUACCGAAAGGUAGACUAUGUCGCUGACGAUUAUGGUUUCCGAGCUUCAAUCAGCACCAACGAACCAGGAACCGCCAACGAAUCACCUGCUUCAGUCAACCUUUACUCAUCAGCUGCCCCAGCUCCAGCUCCAUACAAGCCAGAGGCUUCAUACAAACCUGAUGUCUCAUACGAGCCAAAAUCUUACGCCCCAGCUCCAUACAAAGCCCCAGUUUCAUACAAAGCUCCAGUCUCAUACAAGGCUCCAGCUAAAUACCCAGAACCCUCAUACGAGCCCUCAUACCCAGUUCACCAUGCUCCAGCUCACUACGAGCCAGCUCACCGACCAGCUUACGCUCCAAAAUCCGGCUACGGAGUCUAUGGACCAAGCUACAACGGUGGAUACUCCAAGCAAUACUUCAACAUGGGCUCAAAAUACGAAUCACCCCGAUACUAAAUCAAAAGUUGAAUCUAAUUAAUUCUGAUUCACUCUACUUCCCCUAUUCUAAUUCACUUUUUUACAAUCUGAUUUCAAAUGGAUUAACCUUUAAUCUCUUCUCUCUCUCCUUUUAAUUUUAUUUUUUCCAA